GUUGCUUUCAUCCCUCACUGCCGUACUGGGUGGCCUAUAAACCCUUGCGCUCCUUUUCGUUCCUGUCCCUCGUCCGCAGUCAUGAAGUACGCUGCCUUCGCCGCCCUUGCCCUCCCGGCACUCGCCUCUGCCCACCGCGCCAAAUUCCGCAGGGAUGCAACCACCACGACGUCCGCUGAUGCGGACAACUCAGCCGCGGUCUCUGCUGCUGAAGCCGGCGCCACCUCGACGGGUACGCUCCCGGAUUCAAUUACUUUCAGCUUGGCCUCCACGAAUCCGACCGCGCUCCCGCUCUCCGAAAUUGCAACGGGCACUGCACAGACCCAGUCUACGAUUGCCAUUUCGACGACUUACGCGACGGGCUCGAAGCCGACGCAGAUCCCGAACGCUCCGGCCUUGCCAGAUGCGAUCGCGCUAAUCCCCACGAACUAUCCCACCUUGGACAAAACCCCGCCUACGGAUUCGACAAUGGUGCAGGAGUGGGUCAAGCAGGUCAUGAACUCGGGCGUUGAAAUUCCCGACAUUCCCGUAACGAACCCGGGAGGCUGCUCGAACAACACCGCGGCGGUCGCGAACGCAUCGGAAACCUGCUGGUGGACAUGCGGCGGCUGCGUGCGUGAGACCGACAUUCAGUAUUGCCCAACCCAGAAUCACUGGGGCGUGUCAUACGACGAUGGGCCGUCGCCGUACACGCCAAACCUGCUGCAAUACUUCGACCAACAGGACAUCCGCUCGACGUUCUUCGUCGUGGGCUCGCGCGCGAUCUCGCGGCCGGCGAUGCUGCAGGACGAGUAUAUGAUGGGCAACCAGAUCGCGGUUCACACGUGGAGCCAUCCGUACAUGACGACUAGGACAAACGAGGAAGUGAUCGCCGAGCUCGGAUGGACAAAGAAAAUAAUUCAUGACGCGCUCGGGGUGACGCCGAUUUACUGGCGCCCGCCGUACGGCGACAUUGACGACCGUGUCCGUGCUAUUUCGACGGCGAUGAACUUGACGCCCAUCAUCUGGACGCGUAUCUCGGCGACGAUGACCUUUGAUACUACCGACUGGAGCAUCGUCGGUGGCACUGCGAACGUGUAUUCCGUCCUGGACAAGUGGCAGGAAAUCAUGGGCAACUCAACCAAUAUCGACACUGGCUUCAUUGUGCUUGAGCAUGAUCUGUUUGAGCAGACUGUGGACAUGGCGACUGGUUACAUCCUCCCACAGGCUCUGGCCCAUGAGCCCAAAUACAACAUGACGCCCAUCAUUGAGUGUCUGGACAUGCCGCUCGCGAACUCCUACGUAGAGACAAAUGACAACACCUCGAAUCCCCUACCUCUCGUGGCGUACCUCGCGAACCACACUGUGUCUGUGUCGUCGUCCGCCUCAAAAGCAACACAAACCACGAGCGGCACUGGUAGCGCCAGCGGUAGUGCCAGUAGCGGCAGCGGCAGCGGCGGCAGCGACGCUCAGAGCAGCGAUGCCAUGAGCAUUAUGUCUGUCAGCCCAGCGCUCCUCACCGCGGCAAUUGGAGUGCUCGCUGGUGCUUGCACGCUCUUCCUCUGAGCCUCAUAAGGCUCUUCUUUCGCUUGACGUAACCAUUGCAUCCAGAUACGUCCUUGUCAUCGCAUUUGUACCGACCAUUUCUGUCAUUCACAAGCAGGCCCGAGUGAGUUAUCGCUAUGUGCAUGUUGAUGUUUACACUGCAUCUUUGGACGC